AUGUCGCGGAUAUCUACUUUCGGAAGGGCUGUCAGCCAACUGGCGACCCCCAAUGUCUCGUCCACCACCUGCAGAUCCUGCCAGCUACGACUCAGCGCCGCCUCGCAACAACGCCAAUUGCAGACCUCCGCUACCCGUCCCGCAAUCGCCGACCGCUUCAAGUCUGUCUUUGGCGGCAAGAAGAAGGAAGAGGACUCGGCAGACCUUGCUGCAGCCGAACUAGCAGAACUCGACGACACACCACGAAAGCCUGACUUCCCUGGAUGGUAUCUACCAAAGGAGAAUCUGCCCGAGGGAUGGGCCAAGACGCCGGAAGAGGACAAGGAAUAUGUUAUGGCAUCCGAGGGCAAGGACUUGGAACAUGUGGGAAGCGACAAGUGGCUCGAGCAGCAGUUCGAUGACAAGCCAAAGUACAAGGGAUGGGCAAAAGUCAGAAAGACCAACGCAUUAACUCCCAAGGAUGCCGGAGAGCAAGUCCUCAAGGCUGCAAGAGAGGCUGGCCUCAAUGUGGACCAAAAAGGCUUGGACUUUGCAGUAACAGAGGUCAAGGACAAAUUCAAGCUCACCAAGAUCCUACGAACCACCACAAACAUGCAAAUCUCAGACAUUGUCAUGCACAGAGCAACAACGCUCAAGGACUUCCAACAAGCCAUUCUCACAAAGCCCAAGCCCAAGAAGUUGGCCUUCACACUCUUGGCCAACGAGGAGCUGAUGGCAAACCGCAACAUUCAGGUUCGCGGAGGCCGUCAAACACCGGUGCACAAGGACAGAGCCGUUGGCAGGUGGAAGUUGAUUGAGGAAGAGCUUGUGAACAAGGGUCUUCCCGUGUUUGGACAUGGCAUCAAGGCCGACAGAGGUAUCCAGGCUGAAGAAGCCAAGGACCAAACUGCAUAA